UGUAGAGCCAACGGUUUGUUUGAUUAUUGUUUUGUUCUGCUCUUGAAAAAUCUAUAUAAACUGCUAUUGAAUUGGAAAAAUAUUAGCGAUAAAAAGCACUUCAGGCGACGCAUCCGCAUAUUAACGACUAGCGAGGAAGCGCUGUAACGGGAUUUCUUUUCACCGAUAACAAUAUCACAAGGCUCAUGAUGAGCAGUUCAAAGAAUCAACCGAAGCGAAACUUUGUAUCGGCAUUGGAGGAGGAGAGAAGAGAGGACUCAUUCUUGAAGAAAAAAGGACGUCCCAGUAAGAAACAGACAAGAUGCCAAGAAACUGGAAUAAAAUCUGAUGAUACCUGUGUGGUCAAAAUAGAAAAAUGCUCCGACUCUAUGUCAGUUGACAGCAGCAGACAGCCGCCAGUUCACUGUCCUGCCGCUGCAGAACUGGAUGAAGCAGAGGUUACGCUGAAGACUGAAAGCAUUACGUUUGGAUGUUCACUAUGCUAUAGUGACUUUACUGAUGAACACGAGUACAACCAACAUAUGUGCAUGCAGCUUGUGACCGAGGACUUUGAUGCUGACUCGAAGCCACCACAAAUGUGCGAGCCAAGUGCGGGCUCCAACUGUGACCCUCCCCGCAAAGAGGAGUACAAUACAAUGGAGCCAGAUGUACAAAUUCCUUCAACGUCCAGUACACCGAUGGAGACUGAUGAUAUCGUGCCACCAACGUCUGCCAUACCUUUCGCUGUGCCACACACACCCCAUAACGGCAAAGCGCGACGACAAAGUAUGUAUAGAAAACGUAAGGCCGCGGAAAGAACUCCUGCAGAGGCAGCAGAUUUUGCAAAAGCAGCCGCCGAAAGACAACGUAGAUGCAAGCAACGUAGACUCGCCAACUCAGCUCUUGACACCGGCACACUAGAGUCAGCCACAGUGUCUGCUCCUGUGGUAGUGGAAAGAACAGUUACUGCCCAGACCAGCGCUCAGCGACAACGUGCUUACAGACAGCGUAGAGCUGCUCAAAUUGUUUCACAAAUAAGUACUCCACCGACUCACACAGCAGUGCAACCGGAACAAUCAACCUGGAAUAUCAAAUGGUCGUCGUCAAUAAAGAGGUUUAAAACUACAUUUCUGGACAACGAAUUUGGCCACGCUUGCUCUGUUUGCGACCGAUUGUGGUUCAAGAAUGACCUUAAAAUCAUCACUGCUGCACAACUACAGGUCAUAUCGGAUUGGUUCGUUAAGGAAAAUAGGCAACUACGCGAGGAGGAUUAUACGCAUAUUUGCAACACCUGUAGAUUUUCGCUGAACAAACAUAAGCUUCCUACCCUUGCAAAAGUGAAUGGCUUCUCAUAUCCAGAAAUACCUCCUGGCUUACCGCCACUGGAUCCAAUUAGUGAACGAUUAAUCUCACCACGUCUGCCAUUCAUGCAAGUGCGUCGUCUGCGGCAUGACUUCUCUUAUGGAAUUAUUGGUCAAGUGAUCAACGUUCCAGUCAACGUAGAAGACAUGGUAAAAUGCUUGCCCCGGCAUUUAGAUGAGGACGACGUCAUUAAUGUCAACAUCAAACGGAAUCUCGCACACAAAACAAAUUACAUCAGUGGCUACAUGUCCAAAAGGACAAUCAAAGAAUGGUUGGAUGUACUUCAAAAUUCAAGUCUAUAUCGCUUGUACGAUAUCAAAGUAGAUUUGUCAAGGCUGCAAACUGUCGUGCCACCAGAGGAAGAUUUGCAGGAUGACUCGGCUCAUCGAAUCGAAACAAUCGCCGCCGAGUGUACUCCGGAGUCAGAAAUUCUUGCUUCCAGGCAGCAUACACUACUGUGGAACGAAGAGGAUUGCCUCGACAUCGCACCAGGACAUCGGGCCAUGCCUCUGAACAUCAUUUACGACCGUCAUGCUGAAGAACUAUCAUUUCCUGCAAUAUACUACGGCCAGCCUCGUCGCUUCCACAUGGGAGUUUCAGUGACACCUUACAUGAUGGCAACCAGUGAAUUACAACGAAGUGACAGACGCGGAGCCACGCCUCAAAAAGUCUUGUACGUUGCUAUGAAGAUUCUACGUCUCCGCAUGGUGGAUGGCAUUUACAGCACAUUUCGGAAUGUGUCAACCACGGAAAACGUAACUCGACGCAUGUUGGAGGACCCGGAAUUUCCUAAAGAAUUUGUCGUUCAAAAUCUUGCCUUCAUGAAGUCAGUACCCAAUUCCGUCCAGUAUUGGGCCUCUCGCAAACGAGAUCUGUUUGCGAUGCUCCGUCAACUAGGUAAACCGACCAUAUUUCUCACUUUAAGUGCAAACGAAGUACGCUGGUUGAUAUUACUGAACUUACUCCUCAAAUUGAGUAACAAGUAUCCUGGAAAAGUUGCUGAAGAUCUAAACACGUCAGAGCGGUGCAACUUAGUGAGCGACGAUCCAGUUACGUGCUGCAUAUAUUUCUACAAACUCGUCGGUACAUUGAUGAAUAUGCUGAAGGCAAAACAAUCAUAUAAUCCAUUUGGCCAGUACUUUGUUAAAGAUUAUUUCUUUCGCAUUGAGUUCCAGCAUCGAGGAAGCCCCCACGCACACAUUUUGGUGUGGUUGAAUAAUGAUCCACACGAGGCCGUGUCAGAAAAUAUGCCAAUGACCAUCGAGCUCGUGGAGAAGCUGAGUUCUGUCGCCAAAGAAGAUAUGCCCAACGAGACCAUCUACGCCAAUCAAAUUCACAAGCACACUUUCACCUGCACGAAGCGAGGUGAGACGACUUGCAGAUUUGGGAUCCCGUACUGGCCAAUGCCUGCUACUCGAGUCUUGGUUCCAAUGCCUCAGACUGAUGGACGCCGGUCAACAUUCCAAAAAAAAUCCAAGGAGCUACGAACGUGUCUCAGCGAACGUACAUACCCUAGCAUGAAUGACUUUUUGAGGGAACAUGGUCUGACAUUUGAUGCAUAUCUUGAUAUAGUACGUUCAACCCUUCGCAGGCCAACUUUGUUGUUUAAACGUAACUUCGAUCAACUUAUGACAAACACGUUCAACCCUUACCUUGCUGGUCAAAUUAAUUCCAACAUCGAUAUUCAGUUUAUCUUAGAUGAAUACAGCUGCGCACAGUACGUCGUGGAAUACGUGAACAAAUCAGCUCGUGGAAUGGGUAACUUGAAUCGAGAGUUGACUAAAAUGAUGGAAGAACAUCCUGACCGCGAUUACACUGGUCAAUUAAAAGCAUUGAGUGUCAAACUUCUCAAUGCAGUUGAAAUGUCGGCGCAAGAAGCAGCAUGGUAUUUGUUACGACAGCCGAUGAGCGAAGCAAGCCGUCAAAUUGUGUACAUACCAACAGUGUGGCCCUCAGAGAGACAACGUUGCCGCAAACGUCGGAAACAAUUGGAUCGCGAAGGAAUCGCAGAGGACAGCACAGACGUGUGGACCAAAAACAUCAUUCAGCGGUAUGAAGAAAGACCUCCAUCUUUGCAAGAUGUAUAUUUGGCCGAGUUUGCGUCGUGGUAUGCUAACUCUCGUGAUUUCAUUGACAAUGAAGACGACUUGAACGUGCAUGAAGAUGACGAUCCUGAACCGCCGACUGGAGAAAGAACGACAUCGAGAGAAUAUCGCAAACGUCUGAUCGGUCGAAUCAUACGAUACAGAUGCUACGACAUAGAUGAAACUGUCAAUUAUCAACGUGAGAUGGUACUGCUGUACUUGCCCUUUCGCAACGAAGUCGCUGACUUUGUUGAUUGUAAUAAAUUUAUACAAUUAUUCAAUGACAACAAGGAAACUAUCAUGGAACGCAGAAAACUUUAUGAGAACAAUAUUGACAUCGACAAAGUGAUGCAAGAGCUAGAAGCAAUGAUGAUUUUGCAAAAUUCAGACACCACAGAACCAACGGAAACAGAGUCAAGAAGAGUGUUUGUAGAACAGCUGUUAGGAGGAGAGGGAGCUGAAAAUAACGAUGAUGUUAAUGAAAUCGUGCCGCAAAACGGAUUGUCAGUUGUAAAAAAAAAAAUUUGA